AUGAGUGUGGAUCCAGCUUGUCCAGCAAGUCUACCAGCCUCAGAAGCACUUGAUGAUCAGGACUCUUCACUGAUGCCCGUGGUGCCCGAACCUGAAGGGAAACAUCCAACCUUGCAACUGCCAUGUGCCCAGGUGCCUCUUACAGACACCGCCUCUCCGCUUCCUUCCUCCAUGGACUUGCCCACUCAGGAGAGCCCCGACUCUUCCACCAGUCCCAGUCCCAGAGUAGUGAAAACUCCCGACUCUGCAGAGAAGAGCACAAAGAAGGAAGAGAAGGUGAAGAAACAGAAGAUCAGGACCGUAUUCUCCCAGACCCAGCUGUGUGUGCUCAAUGACAGAUUUCAGAGACAGAAAUACCUCAGCCUUCAGCAGAUGCAAGAACUCUCCAGCCUCCUGAACCUUAGCUACAAACAGGUUAAAACCUGGUUCCAGAACCAAAGAAUGAAAUGUAAGAGGUGGCAGAGAAACAAUUGGCCAAAUAUUUGCAACAGUGUGACUCAGAAGGGCUCAGGCCCUGCAGAAUACCCAGGCUUCUACCCUGCUUACCACCAGGGGUGCCUGGUGAACACACCUGGAAGCCUUCCCAUGUGGAACAACCAGACUUGGAACAACCAGACUUGGAACAACCCAGCUUGGAACAGCCAGUCGUGGAGUAACCAUUCCUGGGACAGUCAGGCCUGGUACUCCCAAGCCUGGAACAAUCAGGCCUGGAACAGUCCCUUCCUUAACUGCGGAGAUGAAGUGCUACAGUCCUCCAUGCAGCUCCAGCAGAAUUGUCCUGUCAGUGACUUGGAGAGCAUCUUGGAAACUGUUGGGGAAAGCCAGAACACAGCACAGCAAACCACCAAGCAUUUCAGUGCCUCGCAAGCGCUAGAUUUGCUCCUAAAUUAUUCUGUGAACAUGCAGCCUGAAAAUGUGUGA